CCCCCCUCCCCCUAAAGAAACAAUGGCUGCUUCAUUGAAUAAGAGGGUUCUGUUGACCUUGGUGACCAUGGUUGCUAUGCUCAUUCUUGCACUGAGUUCAGAAGGAAGAAAGAUUGAUAGCAGUGGAAUGCUAAUGCUUGCAUUGAAUUCAGAGGGGAGAAAGAUUGACAGCAACAGUAUCAUCCACAGACUCGGAUAUGAUGCUUCAAAAAUUGAGGAGUAUAGGAGGAUGCUGGAAGGUGACCUACAAAGACUUUCACCAGGAGGACCUGAUCCCGAGCACCACUAGCUGGGAACCACCACAAAAAGUUCUUCCUUCAUAAUGAUGUUCUCUACAUCUCUUCCCUUUUUCCUUUUGAUUAGCUCCCCUGUUUCUCUUCCAAUCCGCGCAGGCAGUUUAAAAAGCAUUAGGCUUUACCAUACACCCUUUGUACGGAUCACCAAUAAAUGUCUUAACACUUUGCUUGGUACUUUCUGGAUAUGCUAGAAUAAAAUGUAGUACUCAUU